GACCCCACUUUAUCUAACGCUGGUGUAAUGGACGGAGGCGAAGGUCCUUCGUUCAGAAACCCAAUACCAUCAACAUCAUUUUCUAAUAAUAUUGGUCCUCCAGCCUUGCCCCCAAGACCUGAAUACAUGCAGCCUAGCUAUGGAAUGAAUGCUGGUUAUUCUUAUGGUGGUAUGGGAGGCUCUUAUGGCAUGGGAGGAUAUGGUGGAUAUGGAUACAAUGGUUUUGGAGGUGGUUAUGGCAUGGGAAUGGGAAUGGGGAUGGGUGGUAUGAACUCUUAUGGAGCAUUUAAUAGAUAUGGACCUAUGGAUCUUGAGAGCAGGUUUAUUCAAAUGGCAGAAGAGAGUUCAAGACCAACUUUUGACUCAAUACAGAGUGUUUUACACGCAGUUGGCAGUAUAGCUAUGAUGUUGGAAAACACAUUUUUUGCUUUAACUAGUUCUUUUAGAGCUAUCUUAGGCGUAGCAGAAAACUUUGGUCGUUUAAGAUCAUUAUUUGCACAGUUCUGGUCCACAUUUGCAGUUGUUAGGAGCCUGAACUGGCUUGUCAGGAAACUGCUCGUUUUGCUCGGCAUAAGAACUGAAAACGAGUUUAAGGCCUGGGCUGAGGCAGUAGCGGCGUCACAAACUAGUACUGCAACCCCAGAACAGCGCGCCAAAGGCUCGAGCUGGCCCAUACUACUCUUCUUCGGAGUGAUCGCCGCUGCCCCAUACAUUGUACUUAAAAUGCUAAAUGGGCUUUCAACUAGCAUACAUGAAAGAUUGCAAGAUCCAACCACAUGGCAAAAUCCCCUACGAGCAGUUGCCCAGCACGAUUUCCAGGCAUCAUCUCCUCAAGAAAUGAGCUUCAGUGCUAACCAAGUUCUAACAAUCGCACCCCAACAUCUUCAGGGUAACCUCUGGAACUCAGGUUGGCUUAUGGCCUCCACAGAUAGACAAACUGCUGGAUUAGUCCCAGUCAAUUAUAUAAAAGUUGUUAAACCUGUAAGUCAAAGUGAAAAUGUUAAUAAUACAGCUAGUAAAUCAAGUGAUUCUCCUGAUCAAUGUAACGAAAAGUUAGAGAAAUAUUACAACCAGGAGCUUUAAUUAUAAAUAUAGUUUUUGAAACUGCAAACAUCGAUUUUUGUUAUUGUACAGUUAAUUUGACAAAAUGUCUAAAAUAUUACUGUCUCCCCUGCAUGCAAUCUCCUUUUGUAUUGUUCAGAAAUUUAAAUGAAAUGGUACAGCUAUUAUGUACAACUGAAAUGCUAUCAAAAAUAUUCAAUUGAAAAAUUGCAUAUGAUAUUAAAAGACUAUAAAUAUAUUUACACAAUAUUAA